AUGGUUAAAAUGCCUUACCACUACCUGUUCCUUGUCAUACUCGCCAUCUCUGGCGCUAAGUUCGCGCUCGCUGAGGACGCGCUUCAAACUAUAUCCUCAACAGCUGAAGGAUCGGACAACAGCGCCAAUGGUCCGGUCACCGCCGCAAUUGAAAAUCUGGCCUUCAACGUCGCCUCCAUCGCCGAUGAGAUCGCACUGCAAGUGAACCGAAAGCUGGAACGUACGGCUAAUAUUCUACAUGGUAACAUCGAAACGCUGAUCACCAACGCAUUGGAGCAGCUGGCCCUGCCGAUCUUUCAAGCCAGUCGUAAGCUAAGUCACGAAAGCUGCAACACCACGCUCUCUGUAGCGGAUCUUCGUGCGAGCAUCCAUGCACAACUUAGCAAUUGCACCGAAGACCUCAACGCUGUGUUGCAGACUUACAAAUUCGAGGCAGAACAAAGCAUUUCGACAAUAGAGAAUUUAAUCGAUGAGGUUGUCAAUUUGCCAAAAGCGUGUCACGUGUUGUUGGCGCGUUCCGCUUCGACUGAAGAUGCGCCACAGAAUUUUGCUUCGACUACGAGUUGCUUUGUCGAGCGGAUGACUGUUUGGAAUGAGCAGGUUUCAAAGGAGUUGGAUGGUGUUGCUCAGCUAUUGUCACGUACACGUCAACUUUCUCAGGAGAGCGAGGCACAAGCACUCUUUUGUGUUGGCGAACUAGUGAAUGCCGUUGGUAAGCUCAUUGAUGAAGAGUUAAGCAAUUGUUAG